CUUCAAUAAAGCAACACUUGUUUGCUCAAAGUCGCAUUUGUUUGAAAUUAAGAAUUGAAAUUGUACUUCUAAAUUGAUAUUACAAAAUAUUUAUUUUUCUUUAAUCCUUUGAAGAAGUCUGGCUUCUUUUCUCUGUUGGCAUUUUUGAACAUUUUGCGUACUUUCCAUUACACUGUGGAUGAUUUUUAGCUCAGGAAACGAGCAUUUUUACAAAGCAAGAACAACUGAAUUUAAUUAAAUUGUCUUUCUGAGGAGAAACAAGAAUAUAGACAAUGGCUCAUCAUCAGAUACAUCACCAUAGUCAACACCAUCAUCAUCCUCAUCAUCAGCAUCACCACUCAUCUCAUCAUCACCAUCGUGGUGCACACAUACCUGAGGAACAUGAGGAUAAGAGUACUUCAGAUGCCAGCAGUGGUCAUCAUCACAUUCAUGAGCAUUAUAACCAUCAUCACCCCCAAACUGACAGCCAUCAUCAUCAUCAUCCACAACAUCAAGAUAAACAUCACACACCGAAAAAGAAAACUCACUCUAAAGCUUCAUUCACUUCCUCAAACUCUUCUGGGUCUUCCCCUAGUUCUCUGUCUAAGUCUUCAUCAAGCUCACCCAGUUCUGAUUCUUCUUCUUCUGAUUCCUCUUCCUCCUCCAAUUCCUCUUCAUCUUCUUCCUCCAAAUCAUAUUUCUCCAAUUAUAGCUUUUCCUCUUCGUCUUCCUCUUCCUCUGGUUCAUGUACUUCAUGGUCAUCUGAAACCAGUCUGGAAAAUGCCCCUUUGCCUACUUCGUCCAAGCGAGCUAUUCAACAUCCAAAGCACUCACAAUCAUGUAUGGAUAUCAGCAGAGGACGGAAAGCAUUUGAAGAUGAUGAGGAUGAUGUAGAUACAAUGCCUUUAUUGGAUGCUGAUGGCCAACUGAAGAAGUCCACAAGCAUGGAAAAGAACCUUACUGUCAAAGAAAAAAGUGGAGGGACUGCCAAGAAGACUGCAACAAAUUCUCAACAAAAGAAUGAAAAAGGCAAUAAAGAGCAACAACAUAAUUGUGUUAAAGGGGCUGCAAACAUAAGAAAGACCAAGUCUAUGGAGGUUUUGACAAGGCAAAUAGAUCAUGCUGGUGUUGGAGACUUGGAUGAGAAAGGGCUGGAGAAAAGGAAACAAGAGGCUCAUAAGAACUUUGUGAAGGAGAAGAUUAAGUUUUCUGCCUUUCUGAAUGAAAUCACAAGGCAGGUACUUAGCCCAUCAAGACUUACAUCACUUGGGGUAACAGAUUUUCACAGGCCCUUGAGCCCUGGUCAAACUUCAUUGCAUCCAAAGGCAUUAUCUCAAAAGCCUGAACAUAAAACAGAAAAGAAGUCAAAAAUUACCAGAAGCCGGCUUGGAAGUAGUGCUAGCUCCAUAACAUCAACUGCUCACACCCAUGUCAGCAAAUACUUACACUCUAGUAAGCAUUCUCACUCAAGUAAGCACUCUCACUCAAGUAAGAGCUUCCAUUCCAAUCGGCACUCACAUUCAAGCAAGACUUCCUGCUCAAACAAAAAUUCUUAUCCUAAAAGGGAGCUCAUCUAUCAACAACAACACCAGGCUGUUCCCAGGCAUCGAUGUCACAGUGCAAAAAGUGAUAAAAGCUAUACUAGUUCUUCUUCAAAAGGUAUUUCAUCUGGGACUGAACGUGGCCACAAAAGUCAGCAAAAGCACCAAACUGCCCCCAAAGAACAUUUAAAUUCACAGAAUCAUCGAACUUCACACCUCAAAUUGUCUCCAUCACACCACCAUUACAACAAACAUAAUCAUAGCUCGCCUUCAUGUCCUUGUUCUCCAGAAACAGAAAACUGCCAUCAUCGUUCCCAUCCAGAAUCGCAUUACCAUCAUACCCGUCCAGAAUCACAUCACCAUCACAUCCAUCAGAAAUCUCAUCACCAUCAUGACCAUCCAGAAUCUCAUCACCAUCACUCCCGUUCAAAAAAUCAUCACCAUCACACCCAUCCAGAAUCUCAUCACCAUCAUUCCCAUUCGGAAUCUCAUCACCAUCAUACCCAUCCAGAAUCUCAUCACCAUCACGCCCUUCCAGAAUCUCAUCACCAUCAUGCCCAUCCAGAAUCUCAUCACCAUCAUGCCCAUCCAGAACAUCAUUACCAGCAUGCCCAUCCAGAACCUCAUCACCAUCAUGUCCAACCAGAAUCCCUUCAGCAUCAUUCCCAUUCAGAAUCCCAUACUAAUCAUUCCUAUCCAGAAUCUCAACACCAUCUUUCUCAAUCAGAAUCUCAACACCAUCAUGUCCAGCUAGAAUCUCAACACCAUCAUGCCCAUUCAGAAUCUCAUCACCAUCAUUUGCCAUCACAUCACCACCAUGAAACUCAUCAUAACCCAUCACCACACGAUAACUCUCCUCAUUCAGAUUCCCACAAUCGUUCCCCUUCUCCAUCACAUUACCAUCAUGAAUCAUAUCAUAGUCCAACACAUUCUUCUAAAUCAGAAUCUCACCAUCAUUCAGAAGCUCACCACUAUCCUUCUAAUGCAGAAUCCCACCACCAUCAUCAUUCACCUUCGCCACCACAUUACCACCAUGGAAGUCAGCACACUUCAUUUUCACAUCAUCAUUCCACCCAUUCAGAAACUUUCCACCCUCAUUUCCAUCCAAAAUCUCACCACUAUUCGCCUCCUUCUCCUCUCCAACACCAUGGAGAACACCAUAGUAGUAUAUCUCAUCUUUCUACUGACUCAGAAACACAACAUCAGUUUUGUGUGAAAUCUCAACAUCAUCAUUCUGACUAUGAGUCCUCUCAUCCCAAGUCUCACCAGCAUCAUCACCAUCAUCAUUCCCAUCCUAAUCACUCAUCAAAACCUGAUCAUCACCAUCACACUUCAGAUUCAGAACGAGAGUACAACAAUUUCCAUGAUGAUUUACACUCUGAAACUCACCAAUACUCUCAUUCACAUGAUGCAUCCUCUACACCUGAACACCAUUAUCAUUCUUCUCACACUGACACUCACCAUAGUCCUCAUCAACAUCACUUGUCUGACAGUCAUCCAAAAAGUCCUGUACACUCUAAUUCACCCUAUCAUUAUGUAAAUAAUCCCAUCUCAUAUUUGGAGUCCCAAAAGCACAGCACAUCACAUUCUAAAGGACAACUUUCAAAUUUGGAAUUCCACCACGAAAGUGAUCACAAUUCUCCAGAACCUCUUCCUAACCAUUUCCACUCAGGAAAUCAUGACAAGCCCCCUGUUGAAUCAGAUCAUUACCAUCACCACAAAUCUCAAGAAUCCCAAAAUAAUUCCCAUUCAAAUGCCCAUCACCAUUCCAAUCAAGAGACUAAUCAUCCUCAACAUCAUGAGCAUUCAGAAUCUCAUCAUCAUUCUCAACCAGAAUCCCACCAUCACCAUUCCCAAGAUCACAAUCGUCGCCAUGACCAUCCGGAAUCACAGAAUCAACAUUCCCAUAUGGGACAUCACCACUUUCAUUCUGAAUCAAACCAUUAUCAUUCCCACUUCAAAGAGGAUGAUCACCCAAGCCAUCUUCGCCACUCUCCAAUAGGCCAACGGUCUACUUCUCCCCAUUCUAACAAGUCAGAUUCAUCAGCUAGCUCCACUAUCCAGGACGAUCAAUCCACAGUGAGCUACCAAGAGUCAUCCUCAUUCCCAAAGGAUAAGGAUUCAGAAUUGGAGAAGUUAAUGAUCUUACAGGAGCAGAAUGAGGCUCUCCACCACAGCUUGCUGCAGACAACUAUGCAAAUGGAAUGUAUGGGAGCUGAGUUCAAAACUGGACACCAGCUUCUUGAAUCGGAGUUACAAAGAACUCGCAUAGAGCUUAGCAGCUUAAUGGAGCGGUUCACAAGACUUCAGGACAACUACUCCUGCACACAACAAACCAAUCAUCUUCUGGAAAAGAAACUGCAUUGUGUGGCUCAAAAUAUAGAUGGAGAGCGAGAGCAACUGAACGAGCGGGUCUCAAAGCUCACAGAACAACUGUCUGCAGCACAGACAACCAUCCAAAGUCUAGAGACUAUUAAUGUGAGAGUUUGAUUUCAUUUUAAUUCGUAAUAUACAUUUUAAUGUAGAUGCCCUUCAUAGUA